AUGGAUAUUUUAACAGAAGAUGCUAUUCGAGGAGCAAGAAGUAUUAUUGCCUUAUAUAACAGUAUUGUUGGAUAUACAAAUGAAGAAGAGAAAAAAGAAAGUGAAAAAGAAACAGAACCAAAAGAAAUAAUAAAAAAAGAAGAAAAAAAUGAACAAAAAAUAAGUAAAUCACCAACAUUAAUAAAACUAGAAAAAAUACUUUCAAAAGAAUAUAUUGAUAUUAAACAAUUAAAAGAUAUUUGUUGGGUAGGAUGUCCUUCAGAAUAUAGAAGAGAAGUAUGGAAAAUAUUAUUACAAUGUCAUCCUUUAGAUAAAAAUAAAAAGGAAAAUUUUAUUAGUAAAAGAAUUGAAAAAUAUGAAUUUAUUCAAACAAAAUUUGGUGAAGAACGAAAUGUGGAACAAAUAUCAAAAGAUUUACUCAGAAUUUCUGAAGAUUUAAAUGAUGUUAGAGAAUCAAUGAAAAGAAUCCUUUCUUUAUGGGCAGCUCGUCACCCAGCAAGUGGAUAUGUACAAGGUAUUCAUGAUAUUCUUAUUCCAAUCAUUAGAGUAUAUUAUGAUAAAAAAGAUAAUAAAUAUAUUAAACCAACUAUUGAACAAGAAGCUGAUUCUUUUGAUUCAUUAACAUUUGUAUUAGAAACUGUCCAAAAUUUUUAUACUUGUCAACAACCUCGAAUAUUUGAACUUUUAAAACAAUUAGAAUUACUUAUUAAAAAAAUUAAUCCAUCUUUAUCAAACCAUCUUGAAGCUAUUGACGUUCAUACUUUAAAUUAUGCUUUUCGAUGGUUUAAUUGUUUCUUAUUAAGAGAAUUUUCUCCUGAACAAGGAAUACGUUUAUUUGACACACUCAUUUCUGAUCAAAAAGGUUUUGCUGAGCUUCCUCUUUUCUUAUGUGUGGCUUUAAUAAAUAAAUACUCUUCAGAACUUCAACAAAAAGACUUUGGAGAAGCAAUUAUCUUUCUUCAAAAUUUACCAACAAGUAAUUGGACUAAUGAAGAAAUGGAUACUUUUAUUUCUCAAGCUCACUUAUAUAGAGAAUUAUAUUCUAAUUCUCAUUUAAUGUAA